GGCUGUUUGGUUGCCUGAAUUAGGAGUGUAAAGUAAAACAAUUACCUGUAUUUAUUAAAUUUGGUUGUUUGGAUAAAUUUGAGCGGUACAAAAGAAAAUCAGCGGAUGCGUUAGUAGUGUAUUCGGGAUACUGUUUUGCGUGAAUUAGAAACCCGCUCGUAUUGAGCGGGUUAUAAAUUCAUCGGGAAGGAAGAAAAGCUUCAUCGUUCGCGUGCUGUUCUGCUUCAUUGCACGACUCAGGCUUCUUCGCCUCCUUCGUAGAUGUUCGACUUCGCUCCGCCAAGAAGCUCCGGAGAGAGUUCGCUCCGGCGAGCAUCUCCACUCCGUCGCCCUCAAGUUCGGCCUUCUCAGCUCCACUCCAUCGUCUACUCGUCGUGCUAUUCGGCUUCAUUGCACGAGAAGCUUCUUCGGAGAAGCUCUGUUUAGCUCCACUCCGUCGUGUUGUUCGCCCUCAAGGCCCUGGAUAUCCAUCGUUCGUUCUUGUUUUCUGCCGGCCCUGUACUGCAUAUCGGAGAAGCUCUGUUUCUCGCAAAAAGUGAGAUUUUUAAGUGUUUAUACGCCUUCUUCCGUUCUUCCUUUUACUAGAAUCCAGCGAUUACAGUUCUUCCCAAGUGAGUUCUCUAGCUUCCCCUUAAUCAGAUAAAGCACCUUCCGGCGCCGCUGGUCCUCCGCUUACAGGCCGGAGGCGUCCAAUGAGAAAGGAUAGACAUAGCAAGAUAUACACGACACAAGGACCUCGAGACCGGAGGAUGAAACUUUCUCUUGACGUUGCACGCAAGUUUUUUGACCUUCAGGAUCUGCUGGGCUUCGACAAGGCAAGUAAGACAGUUCAAUGGCUCCUCAGCAUGUCUAAAGUCGCCAUUAAAGAACUGGUUGGCGCGGCUUCCAAGUGUGCCGUGGUGUCCUCUUCUGAAGGAGAAGAAGACAACUCGACUGUAUCGGAUAGCAAGGGAAAGUCAACAUCGGCUAUUCUUGUAAACGAAUUAGAAAGCAACGCAAAGCCUAAAGGUAGGAUUUUGAAGUCGAGGUCUAUGGUUCAGCCGAAGGUUGCUAGAGAAUCAAGAGAAAAGGCAAGAGCGAGAGCAAGGGAGAGGACUUUGGAGAAAAAGAUGAUGAGAUGUGGCAGGGAAGAGGAUGGAAGUAGAGGUAAUUACCAACAGGCAAAUGUCUUUGAUUGGAUGAUAAGUUCCCUGUGUUGCUUGAUGACCAAUUCUAAAGAUGUGGCGUAAUUUUUAGGUCAAUAAUGCAGUCAGUAUGUCUUUCAAUAUUAAUUGUGUUUCUCCAAAAUUGGUUAUCUUGAUAUAUGAAUGCCAAAGAUGUUAUGGUAGUUUGGAGCAGCCCUUAAUUUAGUUGUUUAGCUGCAAUGAUUUGUGUACAUUAAGCAUAAACAGCUACUUAGUGCCAAGAUAGAUUUGGAGUUGAAUUUUAAUUUACUAUUUUUCUUGGACUGGAAGUUUGAACAGAUUUGAAAUAUUGCCUUUGUGAUAAUUUUUUUUUAAGAAUUUUAAUCAUGUUUACUGAUAAUCCAUCGGGUCUAUAUGAAUCCCCACAAUUUGAUUCUUUUGUAUUUUGAUAAUUUUUGAUCUUGUAUCUGUAAGAGUGGAUAUCUUUCAAUGCAGAUAGCUGGUUGCAUCUCUGCAGUAUCAUCGUUACUCCAUUUAGGUAAGGCAGGUCCAAUGUUGAACACCACAGCAUGGCAGGGAGGAUUUUGCAAAAUUUUCAUUUUACAUGAGAAACAACAGCUUUAGUUCCCAAGCUGACAAUCUCAUUUUGAAUUUUUUGUGAGAGGAGAGCUCAAUAAAUUAAUGUUGUUUUUGAAUGUGAGGAGUUUGAGUGGAAGGUAAUGGGAAAAGAGUUGUAAAAUUUAAAUAAAUGAUUGCAGAUUAAUAAUAAAAUUUUAAGUUACAGGGAUUC